AUGGCGUCAACUAAGACAAACAUGGCCGAAGGGCAGGAAAAAGACAUUUCUGAGACAACGACAACUAUGCAAGCUGACCUUAUUGACCAAGAAAGCGUUAAAAGUGGAAGUACCGUAAGUACAAAGAUUCAAAGUCUACGAAAUAAUAAGAAAUUAGCCAAAAGUAGAAUGACUAAAGCCAAAAAACAGUUGAGUGACCUUAUUGAAAAUCGACCACAAGAUGUGGCACUACCUAGCAAGAAUGCUGUAAGAAGAGCCGUACAUAAAAUUAAUUCUGAGAUGAAUAUUAUUACGAAGAUUAUCGAUAGUUUGAAAGGAGUGUAUGCCAUGACUGAGCACAAUGAAGAGACUAAUAUAAUACAGUAA